GCUAUAAACUAGUUCAAUAUUUCUGUGAUUGAUGGCCUACGAAAGUUUUAUCGCUUUUUAAAAAUAAAUACAACCAAAACUUUGAAAACAAGGACUAUUUAGACCCUGAUAAAGCCACUGUCUGCAAGCAUUUUAAAUAAAAUACUUGUAAUCAUACUGACUCAGCUGAAGAGUUAAAAUAUGUCCACAAUAAUUCCAAAAGUAACAACUUUAUCUAAUCGCGUUAUAAGAAUUUUAGGAUGCAACCCGAGUCCCAUGACUUUACAAGGAACUAAUACUUAUGUAAUUGGCAUUGGUGCAAAGCGAAUAUUGCUAGAUAGUGGAAAUCCUAGUGUUCCUGAAUAUAUUGAUUUACUCAAAAAUGUUCUAUUAAACCAAAAUUGUUCACUGAGUAAUAUUGUAGUGAGCCACUGGCAUUUGGAUCACAUUGGUGGCGUACCAGAUAUAUUGGAAAAAAUACCAGGUUGUAAGGUUUCAAAGUUUCCAAGGUCAGAUGGCAAACAAGAACCUGUUCUCAAUAUUGAUUAUACUUACUUGAACGAAGGGGACAUCAUAUCGACUGAAGGAGCAACACUUCGGGUGGUAUCUGCACCUGGACAUACAGAUGAUCAUCUUGUGCUUUACUUAGAAGAAGAAAAUAGCCUCUUUAGCGGGGAUUGCAUUCUGGGUGAAGGAACUGCUGUCUUUGAAGAUUUGCAUGAUUAUAUGUUGACCUUAAAAAAAAUCUUUGAAAUGAGACCUGCGAGAAUCUAUCCUGGACACGGCCCUGUUAUUGAAAAUCCAAAGAAGAAAAUUGAAGAUUACAUCAAUCACAGAAUGGCAAGAGAAAAACAAAUAUUAGACACUUUGGAAGAAAUCAGACCCAAUGGACUGACGGCCAAAGAGCUUGUUGCUCGUAUUUAUAUUGAUACACCUAAACAUCUGCACGGAGCAGCAGAAGUGAACGUAACUCAUCAUUUGGAAAAGUUAAAGAAAGGAAACAUGAUUGGGGAAAAAAUAGAAUCUACAAUGGAUGGCGAAACAAAACGAUACUCUCUUCUCUGAAACGUGCAAGUUUAGUUGUUAGGACCCAAAACUAUGGAUCUUUAAUUUGAAACAUUUAUAUGAAGAAUGUUAAAGUUUAUAGAUGGAUUUGAUCAAUAAUGUUUGUAAUACAUGUUAUGUUAUUAAAAAUUAUGUUUAUAAA